UUGAUUGAUCUUGGUCAUAGGUAUUAUUUCCCUGGAUGGAAAACAAGAAGAAUACAAAUACAAACUUUUUGCCGACGCCGCGUUGAGUCGGGCUCGGCGGAAGGACUUCAUUCUCCUCCUCAUCUUCUCUCACGGAGCAGCGUCCUCUCAGAUCUAGAUUUGCCUGUGCGUGGAAGAUAUGAGGUUAGCAGGCACCUUUUGGAUACUUUACUUUCUGCUGGUGCACGGGGCGGCUGCAGGUGCUGAGCCAACCUCAUCGCUCAGUCCUGGACCGGCCGGCGCUGAGGAGCGGAGCGAGCAGGCUUUCAACCAGCAUCAGUACAAAUGUCUGGAGUCGCCCCACGAGGACCCCCGAGAAAACCGAACCGGCAUCUUCUGUGCUCGCAUGUGGGAUGGUUUACUGUGUUGGGACGAGACACCCGCUGGAACAUCUGUAACACAGAGCUGUCCAGACCGGCCUGACCUCCACACAACUGAAAAAGUGACCAGACAUUGUAGUGAAUCGGGUAACUGGGCCCGAACUGGUUUUACCUGUCAACACGCAGUAAAGGACAAAUUAGAGGGAAGCCGUCUUGUAAGAGAUGCUGCCGGGGAGCCAACGGGAGAGGCCACUGAGACGAGAACAGAAAAAAGUACCCUUGAAAAUGAAAAGAGAUGCCUUGAGAAAAUGAAGCGUGAGCCUCCUUAUAACGAACCAGGCCCGUACUGCAGCCGUAACUGGGACGGCUGGCUGUGCUGGGACGACACCCCGGCUGGGGGCUACGCCUCUCAGAGCUGCCCUGAUUACGGCGCUGAUUUCAACCCUGCAGAAAAGGCAACAAAGUACUGUGGAGCAGAUGGACAGUGGUUUCGCCACCCAGACAGCGAUAAGAUUUGGACCAACUACACACUCUGCACAUCCAGCUAUGACAUGAAACUGAAGAAGUUAAUGAUACACGAGAAUGAACGCAGGUGUCUCCAGAAAUUAAAGCAAAACCCACCGACUAACCUCAUUGGUCUGUACUGUGGGGGGAUCUGGGACGGCUGGCUGUGCUGGGAUCACACCCCGGCUGGUACCUGCGCAUCCCAGAGCUGCCCCAACCCCAACCUCUACCAGCCCAAACCCGCUGAAAAGGCGACUAAGUACUGCGGAGAGGACGGGCGGUGGUUCCGGCAUCCAGAGAGCAACGUGACCUGGACUAACUACACGCUGUGUGUUGGCAACGGCAACGAGGAGUUGAGGGCAGCUGCGCAGUUGUCGGGGGACACGGAGAUGGAGCCCACCAUGGAGGCCUUGGCCGGCCCCGUUGAUAAUCAAAAGGAGCUGGAACGGCAGAAGAAGCUUCUGGACAAUCAGUACAAGUGCUUUGAGAAAAUGAAUCGCGAUCCACAUUACAACAAGUCAGAUCUGUACUGUAACCGUACCUGGGACGGCUGGCUGUGCUGGGAAGAUACCCCGGCGGGAACUUACAUAUACCAGAACUGCCCCAACUACUUUGAAGACUUCGACACCACAGAGAAGGCGAUAAAAUAUUGUGGAGAAGAUGGGCAGUGGUUCCGGCACCCGGAUACCAACAGGACUUGGUCAAACUACACUCUCUGCAAUGAAAACACUAACGCAAAGCUGAAGUCAGCAUACAUCCUCUUUUACAUGGCGAUUGUGGGCCACGCGUUAUCCAUCGCUUCCUUGCUCAUCUCUCUAGCCAUCUUCUUCUACUUCAGGAGCCUGAGCUGCCAGAGGAUCACCCUCCACAAGAACCUGUUCUUCUCUUAUGUGCUCAACUCUGCCCUCACCAUCAUCUACCUCGUCACCGUGGUCAACAAUCCCAGCGUGGUGGCCAGAAACCCAGUGGGCUGUAAGGUCUUGCACUUCUUCCACAUGUAUAUGUUGGGCUGCAAUUAUUUCUGGAUGCUCUGUGAGGGGAUUUAUUUGCACACACUCAUUGUGGUGGCUGUGUUUGCAGAAGAGCAGCAUCUGCACUGGUACUACCUCCUGGGCUGGGGCUUUCCUCUCGUGCCCGUGUCAAUCCACGCUGUGGCGAGGAAAAAGUAUUUUGAUGACAACUGUUGGAUGAGUGUGGAUACCCAUCUGCUCUACGCCGUUCACGGACCCAUAGUGGCGGCGCUUCUCGUUAACCUCUUCUUCCUGCUGAAUAUCAUAAGAGUGUUAGUCACCAAGCUGAGAGACACGCACCGGGCCGAGUCCAACAUGUACAUGAAGGCAGUGAGAGCCACGCUGAUCCUGGUGCCCCUGCUGGGGAUACAGUUUGUCAUUUUUCCCUGGAGGCCAGAGAACCGGCUGGCAGGUGACGUCUACGAGUAUGUCAUGCACAUACUCAUGCAUUACCAGGGUUUACUGGUGGCAACGAUAUUCUGCUUCUUCAAUGGAGAGGUACAGGCUGCUCUGAAGAGACAAUGGAUGCAGUACAAAACCCAGUGGGGUCAGAGACGAAAGGACCACUGCUCGAUGCGCUCCACGUCCUACACGGCCACCUCCAUCACCGAGGUGCCCGCCUUCAUGUUCCACCACGAGUGCAACACCGAACACAUGAACGGGCGGCACACAGAGGACUCGGAGCUGGUGGCGCUGAAAUCAGGGGACGCGUAUGCUUAACUCGCCCCGAGGCCGAGGAGCACAUCGCGGGAACGCGGCCCGAGAGGAGCGACAGAACAACAGGAACAGUCCAGUAAGAAACGAACACGAGUCCGGUCCGCCUGCCAUAUCUCAGCGAUUCACUCUCAGAGGAUGCUGCUGGUCCGUUCAGCACAGGACAAUAAUACGGGUCUAGGAACAGCGAGCGUCAGGAGGGACAUGGUUUAACUACAAACGCUUUGCAUUUUACAUGCUACAUUGUUGCUGCUGCUGCCUUUUGAGGACUUUGAUGUUGAGAACUUCCGGUAUACGAGAAGAGCUGCUUUUACGAUGAGUGUCGACUUCUUAAAGCUGCUAAUUUAUGUGCACUCGCUGUGAUGAAGGCGGGUGUAAGUGUAACUGCAGUUUCACUGCAACGUGACGUGACGGUAGCGGAGUCACCACGACGGUGUGAUGAGGAGGAGAAUCAUGUCGGUGUAGAAGACCCAACCAUCCCUAACCUCACCUAAACCAAAGCGUGCUGUUCGCCGGUCGCGGCCGCGAGGGCGGACCAUGUCGGGCAGAGCAAAGAAGCAUGUCAGAGAUGGAAAAUCACACACGUACGCACGUAAACAAAUGUCAGACUUAUGUGCCAUGCCAGAGGGCAAGUUUUUCUAAAACACCCUUUGUGGUUGAAAUACAAGGAAUUGUGUGCAUAUAAUAUUUGCUUUUCCUUUAAAAUAAUGUUUAAAUGUCUUUAAAAUGUUUUUUUUUUUUUUCGUUUUAACUCGUGGUUUUACUUUUGCCAGUUCCUGAGUACGCGUACGUCCUGUGAUGCUGCACCCCCGAUGGCUUUGUUUAGUCUCCGUUGUUGUGUCUGUGCCGAUGCUGGAAGGCAAAAGUGCACAUAAAAGAUGGACUUGAGAAGAAAAAGAAAAGCCGCUGAUGUUUAUCACAAGAUCCGUCUCGCUGCGUCAAGCGCAGCGCAUCAUCAGCGCCGCCGCUGACACCCAUGAUUUUACUCUCGAUCGUGCUUUAAGUGUCCAUGAUGCCGAUGAUUCAGCGGCAGCUCGGUCCUCCGUGCAUAUUUAUAAGCUCAUCUUGUGACCUUUUGUGCGACUGAGCCUCCAGAGCAACAGAAAGGCUCUUACCGUUUACGCAGAAGAAACUAACUGAUGUCUGAGGAGCUUUUCCACGUCUUUCUCACAAUUUUGCACAAACAUCAGAUAUAAAUUCACUUUUUUUGUGGUCGUGAACACACAUUCCUGUCGCUCUACUGCCUUUCAAUAUUUGCUUAAUGAUAUUUUUGCAUAAUUCAUUUCCGUUGUUGAAAUUGUGUCUUGCACUUGUGGGCAGCUGCUUAGAAACCCAACAAGUUUUCAUUAAUAGUGAUUAAAAUGCAGCGAGUGAGUCAUUUCUGAUUUUAACCCCCAAAAAAGUUAUUAGUGAUUAACAGAGGACGAUUUCUGAGUUUUAAACAAACAUCUUAGCCGAUUAGCCUCGUGAUCAUCUAUAUUUUUUCGUGUUUUUUAAAAGGAAAACGAAAAUCCAUGUCUGCGUCAAAUCAGGAAUUUUCAGUUUCCUUGUUUGAAUCAUUCAAAAAGUUUAUUUGUUCCCGGUGAAGAUGCCAACCUUUGUAUACCAAUAUUUGUGUAAAACGAAUGAUUUUGUGUUUAUGUCUUACAGGACCUGUCACCAUAUGUAUCUAGUUUAGUCACUAUCUUAAGUCCCAUUUUUUUUAACUGUCUGACUCUGUUUUGGUUGUCUUCAUGGUGCUGAUGUGUUACAAUCGAUGGAAGUCUCCUUGUUAACUGGAACGACUGGUGGAUGUUCAAUGAGCAGAAGUAUUUGUGAUGAGCCAUCUAUGUUAAUAUGAUACAACUGCCAGUUAAAUCAGAGGAAGAGAGAAAGAAAAAGUCUUGACUCAGCCAAAAUUUUACCGUCACUUUGAACUUCAGAAAGUCAGCAAAAGGUGACUCGUUUUCCAAAAACAAAUCCCAAUGUGUUUAAGAUGCCUACUUUUAUUUUUAUUUUUCUUCUUUUUCUCAGAAUAAUGAAGUCAUGCAGUUUACAGGGCACAUUAGGUGUCAACACAACAUGUCUUUACCUUCUUGUUUAGAGAGUUUUCACACAUUCUUCCUGCAGGUUUCUUGCAGUUCUUGGAUGAUUGUUUGUGCAUCAAAGCAGAUGUUCAGUUGUGUUAAGGGGACCUCAUCCCACUUCUCAUUUCCAUCCUUGUUCUGCAUACACAUUAAAAGUCAUAGCAUUUUCUUCCAGAAUUCAGCUACAUUUAAUUGAAUCGACUUAUUAAUUUGCGGGCUGUGAGAUGAAGUGUGGUUGAUCCUGUGGAGCAAAAAAAAAGUGAAAACAGUCAUGCUGAAAUUGUUUCUGCAGCAUUUAUUGGCAUCUAUUUCACAUAACUUUGUUUCUUUUUGUAGAUUUUCAUUUCAGCAUCUACCUUUCUACCAGUUUAGUGUUUUAAAGCGUUCGGUGUAGCUGCCAAGUCGUAAUUAUUUUACAAAUUGAGGAAAAGAAAACCUGAAGAUAUGUUGCCAUAUUCUUGCAGUCUUCCUAUUGAUUUAUAAAUAAUAAAGUUGGUAUUUUUUCUUUUCUUUUUUUUUUUUUUUAGAUUAAAAGGUAAAAGACUGCUGACUCCUAAAGAACAAGAAUAAGCCUCGCCAUGCUGAUGAGGGUCUGGUUGCCGCCGAUUUCAGGUCUCUCAGUCAGGACGUUUACAUGCACCAACAGAAAGUAGAAUUCUUGCCUUAUUCCGAACAAUUUAGAAUUUUUAAAAGCCACGUUUACACAUUAGCCAGGCCGAACUGAACCUCUUGAUAUCGAGCUUUUAGUGCCAGAUAAUGCGUCCUAAUCCGAGUUAUUCCGGCAUGUAUACCAACCCGUGCUGACCGCCCUGGGACUCAUGAAGGGAAGUGACGACACUGGGGGAGGGGGAAUAAUAACAAUCACGACAACACGGUAACAGAAGAAGAAGAGGGAGACUUUGUUUGCAUUUUACCUGCAACAUGAUCAGGCUUAGUAUGUACGACAUUUACAGAGCUGCUGCAUCAUUAGUGCCCAUUUUUCUACAUGUUGUUGUCCUCUUUCAUCCUUGUUUUCCAAUUGUACCGGAAGAACGUCAACGCGAAAAUGCGUGUGGCGCCACGUAGAGUCGCGAAGUUGAACGCACCUCACUCAAUAAUCAAUUGUCUUCUCGUGCAUGUAUACUUGGAUUUCUCUUAACCUCCAGUUUAAUUGUUGCCAAUAGCUUCAUUUAGUUGUGCAUGUAACCGCACUGACUGAUAUUUUUACAUAAUGUAACAGAGUCAAAGUAAAGAGCAGGAAGUGGCCAGAAUUAGUAUGAAGAGAUAAUAAACUGUCCGUCAGAGUUUGCAGAGACUGUGAAGCGAAGCCGCCUGCAGCCUGCAGCCCGCCAGAGGACAAGUGAGGCUUGUAAGAAGAAACUCAGAGAUUAGACGCAGCUGCAGGACACUCUCUCAGAUCAAGCCAUCGGUAAGGCUGCAGUAAAGUAUGAACAAUUAAAUCAGUGCAGUUUAGCAACUAAAACUUGAACGAACAAGUCUCUGGUGCACCCACACAGGUGCAUGGCGGCAGCACUGGUCGGUGGGUGUCAAUCCGGCAACCAUUUCUUCUCGCUGGUUGCACCAGUAAGCCGGGUGCUUUGACAACAAUCCCACCCACACGUGUGAUUUCAUUGGCUAAGACCGGCUGAGUAGCAGGAAUGCAAAGACCCGACACCUGCGCCAAAGCACGAAAAAUUUGACUUCUCUCAACUUGCAGAAAACGCAGCGCUUUCACCGCCACGCCGUUCAGCUCAGCAACACUUGAUGCUCCGAUGCCUCGAUCUUCCGGGGAAAGAAAUCAACACUGGAAGCGUUUGCUAUUUUACAUGAGACAUACAAUAAUUUCCUUUUCUUUCUUUUUUUUAAAUUAUCCUCCAUGUGUUAGAAAAGAACAGCGGGGGGUAAUUAUGAUAGCAGAGUAGUUUUUACUUCUAAUGUCUUUCACAGAAAAAAAAAACUAAAACAAAGUGUAAUAUCUAUUUUAUUAUGAAAUUCUUCCUCUUCUUUAUCCUCUGGUGAUUUGUCUUUGGUUUGGUGCACACUGUAAGACAUGUUAUCAGUCCUGUGGGUCCUGGAUUCUCCAUGUUUUGUAUGUUCUUGAUAUCCUUGUAAAUACAAGCAGACACUGUGUUAAUGAUAGAGUUUUGCACUGUGAAAUAAUCUGACUAUUUUUGUUACCUUUCUGUCGUUUGUUUCAGGUUGUGUUUUGUGUCUUUUCUCCUGCUCAGCUUGGACUGGCAUUGUCUUAAACAGCUGAUAAAAAGAAAAAAAAA